GCCUGGAACAAGCCUGAUGUGGUCCAAAGCCCUGGAACUGUGGAUUUUCCUCUGAUGGUCCAGACUCUAGUUCGCUGUGGCUUCGGAGACGACGUGGAGUGAUUGGACUCAACAAGUCGAAAAAGGUUGUCAGGGUUAUUCUCGGCCCCGGCUUCUUGGGAUGUCGGCCCGCUUUUUUUAUCACGCACACCUGCACCCAUAAGUUCGGGACCAUCUCGACUUUUUUUUUCUGAUUCCCUUCUGACUCUUUUGUUUUCGUCUCUUGUCCAAUAUUUCUCCUUUUGACUCUUGUCGUCCUGAUAUCGUCACAGGAAACGACAAAGACAUUCAAUACCACCACCACCACCACCACCACCACCACCACCAACACCACCAACACCACCCCCAUCAAACCCCUCCAACCCCCACCAUCACCAUCUGCUCAACCCAACCACCCAUGACAUCCCACGAUCCAAACCCGCCUUCUCCCCCCGCCGACCUCAAGGCUGGUUUGGGCGGCACAGGUCACAUCAACAUCGCCUCUCCUGCUCAAGAACCCAUCCAAGACUACCCCAUUGAGCGGGUAGAGCAGGUGUACCGCAAACUCGACCUCCGCAUCAUCCCCGCCUUCUGGGUCCUCUACUUCCUCAACUCCGCCAUCCGCUCCAACAUCGGCAUAGCCCAAACAAUGAACGCCUCCGUCAAGCAUGACCUCGUCUCGGUCCUCGGGCUCACCCCCAAAGACGUCUCCACCGCCCUGGCACUCUUUUAUGUCUCCUACGUGCUGUUUGACCUCCCCUCCAAUCUCAUCAUGAGCCGUCUCUCCCCUCGGGUCUGGAUGGCGCGUAUUGUCAUUGCUGUCGGUAUCAUCGGGACGUGCUUCACAGCUGUGAACGACGCCUGGUCUCUCAAGCUGUUGAGGUUUCUGCUGGGUGUGGUGAUUGCGGGCAUGUGGCCUGGUAUGGCGUAUUAUCUCACCUUGUUCUACCCUCCGAGCAGAACGGGCAAGAGGAUCGGGAUGUAUUUCACCGCUGCGCAGGUUUCUGCCGCGGUGGUUGGGUUGGUGUCGGCGGGGUUCCAGCAGAUGGAUGGGUUGGGGGGGUUGGUGGGUUUUAGGUGGAUGUUUUUGAUUUAUGGGUUGUUGGGGGUGGUUUUGGGGGUUGGGUUGCUGUGGUGGUUGCCUGACCGGCCUUUGGCUCCGGGGGAGGUGAGGGAGAAGAGUUGGUGGGUGAAGUGGUUGCCGCCGAGUCCGGAGGCGCUGACGGGGGAGGAUGCGAUGGUGCAUUAUCAUGAUUUGAGGAGGGUGUAUCACGCCAGGCCGUGGACGUUGAAGGAUCUGUGGUUUGUGUUGUUGGACUGGCGGUUGUGGCCGUUGGUGUUGAUGUACUUUGGGGUUGUUGGGGUGGGUAUUGGGACGCAGUUGUACGGGAGCGUGAUUAUUGCUUCGAUCAACUCGAACUUUACGGGGGUGCAGGUUAGCUUGUUGUUUGCGCCUAUUUGGAUUAUGGACUUGAUCGCUAUUCUCCUCGUCACCCCUAUUUCUGAUCGGUUCCACAAGUACCGGCCCCUUUUCUUCUCGGCAGCCGUUUGUGUUCAGAUCGCCGGGCUGCUCACUGUCACCUUUGCUUUAGACAACCAAUGGGGCAGAUACGGCGGUUUGUUGCUCAUCGGAUUUGGCCUCGGUCCCACGGUUCCCAUUUGCAUGGCCUGGACCAACGAGAUCUUCCAGAAGCGUCACCGUGAAGUUGGUGUUGCUACUGCUUCCGCCUUGGUAUCUGGCCUGGGCAACCUUGGAAGCAUUGUCACGACAUACGCCUUGUACACUGGCUGGCCCGAGGACGCGGCCCCAGGACGGUACCGCUACCGCAAUAGCAACUUUGUCAUGAUUGGUAUUCUCUGCAUGAGUAUCGCUAGCAGCUUCGUCAUGAUUGCUCUGCUCAAGGUCUUUGGCAAUGAGCCCAGCAACAAGAUUGUUGGUAGUGACGGCAACGACUCUGGAGAGGAGAUUUUGGAUGGCGCUGCUCGUCGUGAGGUGCACCAGCGCGGUUUCAGCCGCUUGAUCAAAUAAUUUGAUCGGCAAAAUCUGGGGACGAGAUGAGCUCGCGGUUCUGUUGUCAUCGCUGAGUUUUAUGAAGACGAAGACAACAUCUACUUCACCACACUCUUUUACGACAACUUUUCGGAAUGCUUUCACAUAUGACCCCUCUGGUCAUCAACAGCUUCUAUUCUUCCCAAGAAGGUAGAACAGCUUCCCCACACCAUCGGAAACGAAAAUGCUUUUUACGCUAUCGUUUCUCGAAGGUUGGGUAAGCCCAGAAAGGGAGCCCUCGACACGGCAGUCCAAGUCAGAGAAGAAGACAAUGCUCUGUACGCUAUCUCCUUCUCAGACGAAGAUUGCCAACGUCGGAGGGAUCUGUUUCUGUCUCUUUUUUUUUUCUGUUUUUGGUCUUGGUGUUUGGGUUGGGCCGGGCUGGUUUGGCUUUUAUGAUACCCCAUCUGUGUUGAAGAUACGCGCUGCAAUAUUGACGAAGAAAAUUAUGAAGUUAUUCGGGACUAUUACGAAGAAGAGUUUUCUUCGCCGGCGAAAGUGCUUUUACGCCAUCGCUUGGACGGCGUGUCGAAUGACCGAGGUGUUGCUAGAUGACGACAAUGCUUUUUACGCUAUCGUUGGUCGGCCUCGUGGGAGUUUUUCUGGAUACUAUGAGGAUAGGAUAGGCGGGGAGGGC